AUGCCGUUUGGAUUGGCCAACGGUCCGGCUGUAUUCUCUAGAGCCCUUAAACUAGCUUUAGGGAAGUUGGCAAACUACAGCAAAUCAAAUGACAAGGAUAUCUAUGGUGUCAGUGCAAAUCAAAACGGAGUAGUUGCGGUAUACUUAGAUGAUAUGAUUCUUCCAACUGUCACAAUUCAGGAAGGACUUUUGCUAUUAGAACAAGUGUUAGAACUUCUUAAACGAGCAAAUUUACGAUUGAAUCUAAGUAAAUGUUCAUUUCUAAAAACUACUGUCGAUUAUUUGGGCCACGAAAUUACAGCGGGGACUAUAAGACCAGGUCAACAUAAAAUUGAGUGUGUACUCGGCUUUAAAACGCCAACCAAUGUUCACGAGGUCCGCCAAUUCAUUGGUUUGGCAUCAUAUUUUCGAAAAUUUAUUAGAGAUUUUGCGUCUAUAGCACGCCCCCUAACUGAAUUAACAAAAAAGGACUAUAUUUGGUGUUGGGGUGCCGAACAAAAUAGAGCUUUUAAUACCUUAAAGGGGUUAUUGACCUCAAGGCCUGUCCUUGCUAUCUACAAUCGUACUGCGACAACAGAGUUGCAUACAGAUGCAAGUAAAAUCGGUUUAGGUGGUAUUCUAAUGCAAUUUCAAUCUGAUAACACGUUAAAACCGGUAGCAUAUUUCAGUAGGGUUACCAGCAGGGAGGAGAGAUUCUACCACAGCUAUGAGUUGGAAACACUUGCUGUGGUAGAGUCACUCAAAAGGUUUCGCAUUUACCUUGUAGGUAUACCUGUUAAAGUAAUCACUGAUUGUUCAGCCAUUCGUACCACUUUAACUAAAAAGGAUCUUGUGCCGCGCAUUGCAAGAUGGUGGCUUACUAUUCAAGAUUUUGAGUUAGAAAUAGAAUAUAGACCGGACGAUAGGAUGCGACAUGCGGAUGCGUUAAGUCGCAAUCCUAUAUCCGUAAAUUUAUUAGAUGUUAAGAUGAUAGAUGAAACAGAUUGGGCACUCUCUGUUCAACUUCAAGAUGAUGGCAUCCAACAAAUCAUUAAUCAACUGCAAGGGGGUACUUCUAAUAAAGAUAUAUAUAAUAAUUAUUCUAUUUCUGAUGGGCGGUUAUAUAGGAAAACUUUGGCGGGUGAACAUAUUGUAAUACCAAAACUAGCUAAAUAUAGUAUUUUGCAAAAGUAUCACGACCAUAUUGGACAUCCGGGGUUCGAUAGGGUUGAAAAAUUAAUAAAGUCUGCUUACUGGUUUCCAAAGAUGACAAAAUUUAUUAGGAAAUACAUAAAAAGUUGUUUACAGUGCGCAUACGGUAAAUCAGGUUAUGGUCGGCGUGAAGGAGAAUUACACCCUAUAGAAAAACUAGACAUCCCUAUGCACACCUUACACGUUGACCAUUUGGGCCCAUUUCCAAAGAGUCGACAGGGAAACAACUACAUUCUUAUUAUUAUAGACUCAUUUACGAAGUUUGUUUUUGCUCGCCUAGUGAAAAGUGUGCGUUCAACAGAAACUGUAAAAGAACUCACAGAUUUAAUUUUAGUGUUUGGCAAACCUAGUAGAAUUAUAACGGACCGAGGUAAAUCUUUUACGAGUCGCUAUUUUAAAACUUUCGUAAUGGAUUAUCAAAUCAAACACAUUAGGAAUGCUAUAUCUGCAUCUCGUGCAAAUGGCCAGGUAGAACGAGUUAACAGAACCAUUCUGGAUGAUCUUAGCACAUCGGUAAAAGAAGAGUGUAGUUGGGACACAAAGUUAUCCGACAUCGUCUGGGGUAUCAAUAAUACCCUACACUCGGUAACUAAAGUAGCACCAUUCAGUCUAAUGUUUGCCCAUGAAAACAAUCUUUUGCUAGUACCAACAUCUUCAUCCGAAUUAAGUAAUUACAUUCAAAGACAAACUUUAUCUGAUAGGCGAACACAGGCUAAAUUGAAUAUUGACCAAAACAUGACACGAAUGAAGAAACAAUUUGACAGUAGGCAUAAAAAAUGUACCAAAUAUAAUAUAGGUCAGUUAGUCUUAUGGAAAGGAGGUGUUACUGAAGAAGCCGUGGGUGUAAGCAAAAAGCUAGGCAGCAGGUAUUCCGGACCGUAUAAAAUUGUUAAAACUAAUCACGUCAUUGAUCGUUACACGAUAUCUUCUGUGAAGGGUAUGAGAGGUUAUCGAAAAUUCAGUGCAACGGUAGCCGGAGAUACAUUACGUCCAUACAAGCCAGUGGUAUCAGAUGUUGAUGAUUCUACAGACAGUGAGGGCCAUAAUAUUGAUAGGGAUGAUUUGAUUGAUUUGUUAGAAAGUUAG